AGCCGGCGGGGAGCGGCCGCGGCCCCGCCCGGGCUGUGCAGCGCUCCCGCAGCGCCCCGGACGGGUCGAUUGCCCACGAGCGGGCGCGAUGGCUCCCGAUUCGCGGCGCCGCUGUGCCCACGGUUCCCAGCCGUGACAAGGCCCUGCGGCGCCCAACCCGCCAUGGAGCGGGAGCUUGUGUGCGCCUGUGGGAAACUGAGCACCGACUCAUUUCCACGACGUGCCGCUUUUUCCGUGCCGGGGGUUUCGCUGAAAGCGUUCUGCGUUCUGCUUGUCUGGCACCUCCUGCCUCUGAGCCUGGGUCCUGCUCCCUCUAUUCUGCUCUCAAACCCAAGUCCCAGGCUUUUUAGUUUCUUGUUGCACAGCAGUGCGCCAUUUGCUUUGUUGUAUGAGCUGCCCAUCUCCGGACCUUCCCUACCUCCCCUGUAUCCAUCUUGAGAUGCACUCAAGGCGCCAGAGUUUUAUAUCACAGCAGAAUGACUGCUUCUGCCUUGUCCUGUGCUUCUCCUAGCGAUGCAUAGCAUGUUGUUGCUUCUCCAGCUUCCCUGGCAUGCAGAGACAGUGUCUCUGGAGGACAGUUGUCAACAUCUUGGGAUCUGUCCUGCAGUCCAACGGCUCUGUUCCAGUUCAGCACUCUGCAGACCAUGUUCAGCUCUCAGGAUGGACUCAUACCUGAUCCAAGUGAAUGGACAUGGAGAUCACGCUCCUGUGCUGGAUGUUCAUCUCAAGACCAGUGGGAACAGCAUAUCACUGGGGAAGGUGAAGGGCCGUAAGCCAAGAUGGGCUGUCAGGGCUUCUGAAAUGUCAAAGAAGACCUUCAAUCCUGUCCGAGCCAUUGUAGACACCAUGAAGGUGGAACCCAACCCAAAGAAAGCUAUGAUCUCCUUGUCCUUGGGGGACCCAACGGUCUUUGGAAAUCUUCCCACAAAUGAUGAGGUCACACGGGCUGUGAAGGAAGUUUUGGACUCGGGACGUUACAAUGGUUAUGCUCCGUCUGUUGGCUACCAGUCCUGCCGGGAAGCAGUGGCCGCGUACUACAACUGCCCAGAGGCACCGCUAACGGCUCAGGAUGUCAUCUUAACGAGUGGCUGUAGCCAGGCCAUAGAGCUUGCCUUGGCAGUGCUGGCCAACCCAGGCCAGAACAUCCUGGUGCCACGGCCUGGCUUCUCCCUCUACAAGACUCUGGCAUUGUCUAUGGGAAUUGAAGUAAAACUCUACAACCUCUUGCCAGAGAAGGCCUGGGAAAUUGAUUUGAAGCACUUGGAGUCUCUGGUGGAUGAGAAGACAGCUUGCCUCAUUGUGAACAACCCAUCAAAUCCCUGUGGCUCUGUGUUCAGCAAGAGACAUCUCCAGAAGAUCCUAGCAGUGGCAUCAAGACAGUGUGUGCCCAUCCUUGCUGACGAGAUCUAUGGAGACAUGGUGUUUGCUGACUGCAAAUAUGAACCCAUUGCAACUCUCAGCACCAACGUGCCCAUUUUGUCCUGUGGUGGCUUGGCAAAGCGGUGGCUAGUCCCUGGCUGGCGGAUGGGCUGGAUCCUCAUUCAUGACCGGAGAGACAUCUUUGGUAACGAGAUCAGGGAUGGCCUUGUAAGACUGAGUCAAAGGAUCCUAGGACCCUGUACAAUUGUCCAAGGAGCACUGGAACGUAUCUUGCAUCGAACGCCUCCUGAGUUCUACCACAACACUCUUAGUAUCCUCAAGUCCAAUGCUGACCUUUGUUAUGCUGCCUUAUCAGCUAUUCCUGGCCUCCAGCCUGUCAGGCCUGCAGGAGCCAUGUACCUCAUGGUUGGGAUUGAGAUGGAGCAUUUCCCUGAGUUCGAAAAUGAUGUGGAGUUCACUGAGCGACUCAUCUCGGAGCAGUCUGUGUUCUGCUUGCCAGCCACGUGCUUCGAGUACCCAAACUUCUUCCGCGUGGUGAUCACCGUCCCUGAGGAGAUGAUCUUGGAGGCCUGCAGUCGCAUUCAGGAAUUCUGUGAGAUGCACUACCAGGGUGCUGAAGGGGCCCAGGAUUUGGAAUGUGAUAAAUAGCUACAGCUGGCCUCCUUGCCUCUUCCAGGCUAGACCUUGUAUGAGGCAGCAGCUGGGCAGUCAGGGCUGCUUCCAGCCAGCCCCACAUCCCUGUGCCUGCAAGCAGCCACUGUCCUACUGCUUUACUUCUUGUGCUCCAUAGACCCAGCAGCACUGUGGGAAGAAGCAGCCACUUCUCUCUCCUCCUCCACACACCCUUGCACACCCUCUAGCAUUCAGUGCCCUUGGUGUCCACAUACUCUGCAUUUGCACCCUGUGUUGGUCUGUGCUUCUUGCAAACCAGCUGCAGGCAGGGGCACGUGGCUGCUCUUGGACCAGGCUUUAUGCCCAUGUGGCAGUAGCUUCUGUGCUGGCUACACUUCCCCUUGGGGACAGCAGAAGGCUGCUGUAUUGGAGGACAAGAGAAAAAUAUCCACCUGACUUAUCUGUGUUACCUCAGGAGGCCAGAGCUCUUUAUACUGAGCCCUUUGUGCAACAAAGGGAGUAAGUUAUUGUGACUUUUUUUUAUUAAUAAACAUUC